AUGUUACGUUCGUUAUGUGUGCGUGUUAAGUUUGUAACAAUCCCGAACGAAUCGUUUAAACGUUAUGAAGGAUUUAUGUCGAUUAAGAUGCUAAAGCAUAGUUUAGAUCAAGAACAAGUAUCGUACAAUCCAGUCUCAGUCAAUUUAAAUUCGGACGCAGAUUCAAACUAUAGAUUCGACAUACAUUCAUCGUCUUUGCAUUCAAUGUAUCAUCCGUUCUCCAAUAUAAUGUCACCUGAAGUUAUAGACGCGAGUGAUAUCAAGCAACGGACACCUGCGCAACAAGAGAUACAUAUUAAGAGGCCUAUGAACGCGUUUAUGGUAUGGUCUCGUGAGAAACGGAAGUUGAUUUCUCAAGAGAAUCCAAAGAUGCACAAUUCGGAGAUCUCGAAGAUGCUCGGCGCAAUGUGGAAGGAACUCACCGAGGAAGAUAAAAUUCCUUACAUCGAGAAAUCGAAGCGUCUGCGUAAUCAGCUCCUAAAGGAUCAUCCGGAUUAUAAAUACCGGCCUCGAAGAAAGGCCAAAAAACUGGAUCAAUCUAGAGUCAUGGGCUUAUCUUCGAGACAUUGCACUAGUUUUCCUUUAUCGCCUUACGGUACGCCGAUCGUCAAUCCUUCGGCCAUAGCUCAUGCGCUGCCCUACUAUCCGUAUCCUAGGUCAGCACGUUUUAAGUUGGCGGACUCAGAUGCGUUGUCUACGUCAAUGGUUUCAGCUGAUGGCAACAACAACGCAUCCUUGGACGUCACUAGCUUAUAUCAAUUUUAUUCUUCGAUGGCACCGGCAGUUGGUAAUCCGACAUUGGCGCAGCAUCACCUGAACUCGUUCUUCCCGACCAGCCAUCAUACAUUAGGAACCAACAGUCUCCAUUCCCAUCUAAUGUUGCCCUCGACAUCCGAAGGUACAGAAAGCGAUAAAUCCAUCAACACUUAUGAUGCCAACCUAUCACAAUCUACUUCGUUAUCGAUGCAUUCCCAACUGCAUGAAGCACCAACACCGUCUGGAUCAUCUGCGUUGGAUCCUGAUUGGUAUAGAUACAAUCCGGUAAAAAAAUUAAUGAAAAUAAUAUUUUUUUAA